AUGAAAUCAUUCUUUUAUCUAAUUUUGUUUGUCAGAAGCCAUUUUCUGCUUAUCAUUUCUCUUUUUAUCUCUCUCUCUCUCUCUCUCUCUCUCUCUCUCUCUUUCUCUUUCUUUCUUUCUGUUUCUUUCUAUUUCUCUUUCUUUCUCUUUGUUGCUAUUAUUCUCUUUAUCGUAUUCUUUUUUUUUCAUUGUUUCUCUCUCUCUCUCUCUCUCUCUUUCUCUUGGUCUUUCUGUUUAUGUUUCUCUCCCUAUUUCCCCUCUUUCUUGUUCUUUGUGUCUUUCUCUUUCCUUCUUUUUUUCUCUCUUUUUAUCUCUCUUUCUAUUUCCUUCUCCCUUACUUACUCUUUCUCUCCCGCUUUCUCUCUUUCUCUAUACUUUUUUUUCUUUAUUACCCUUUCUCUCACAUCUUUAUUUCUCUUUCUCUCUUGCCAUUUUCUUGCUUUCUUUUUGGAUUUCUUUCUUUCUAUUUCAUUCGCUUUCUUUCUCUCGCUUUUUCUCACUCUCUUUCUCUCUCCCUAUUUAUUCAUUUCCCUUUCUCUCACCCUUUCUUUAUCUCUCGUUCUUACAUUUUCUCACUUUUUUUCUCGAUUUCUCUUUAUUUCACUAUUUCUCUUUCGCUCGUCCUUUUUCUUUUUUCUAUAUCUUUAUCUAUCUAUCUAUCUCUACUUUUUUUUCUGUAUUUCUCUUUCCCUUACUAUUUCUCUAUCUCUCUCUUUCUGUCAAUCUUUCUCUUUUGUCUCUCUCUCUCUCUCUCUCUUUCUGUCAAUCUUUCUCUUUUUCUCUAUCUCUCACUUUCUGUUUAUCUUUCCCUUUUUUCUCUAUCUCUAUUUUUCUGUCUAUCUUUUUCUUUUGUCUCUCUCUCUCUCUCUCUGUCUAUCUUUCUCUUUUUUCUCUAUCUCUCUCUUUCUUUCUAUCUUUCUCUUUUUUUCUUUAUCUCUAUUUUUCUGUCCAUCUUUCUCUUUUUUCUCUCACUUUCUGUCUUUCUCUUUUUUCUCUAUCUCUCCCCCUCUCUCUCUCUCUUUGUUUAUCUUUCUAUAUGACUCUUUUUUCUCUUCUUUUCUUCUCUAUUUCUCUUUCUCUCCCUAUUUCUCUCUCUCUUUCUCUUUCCAUCUUUCUUUCUCUUUCUCACUUUCUUUCUCGCUCUCUUUUUCCACCAUUUUUAAUUACUUAUCUCCUUAG